AUGGCAGGCCACCAGGCUUUUCGAACCCAGCUCCUCCACGAUCGAUACGGCCCGGUAGUCCGGAUCAGUCCAAAUCACCUGUCCUUCACGGACGUGACGGCCUGGAAAGACAUCUACGGCUUUCAGAUCGGCAAAGAGCUGGCCGAGAAUGAGAUCCCCAAGUCGCAACUCUUCUCCACGACGAUCAAGAAUUUGCCCACGAGCAUCAUCAAUGCCGAGCGUGAAGAGCACCAGCGGUACCGGCGCGCGCUAUCCCACGGCUUCUCGGAUAGCUCUAUGCGAGCACAAGAAGGGAUUAUCAUGAAAUACAUUGAUAAACUGAUUUCUCGCUUGCAUGAGAACUGCGACAGGAAAGAAGCGCCGAUCAAUGUGGAGGCUUGGUACAACUGGACAACGUUCGAUAUUGCCGGCGACCUAAUCUUUGCGCAAUCUUUUGGCUGUCUUGAUCGCUCAGACUACCACCCCUGGAUCGCCUUCAUCUUCAAGACGAUCCGAUACAAUGCCAUCAUGACAGCGAUGAAGUACAUCGGUCUCGAUCCUAUUGUCCAGGGACUCUUCAGGAUCGGCGGUCUUGCUGCGAUGAUGCAGUUGCGUGAGAGCACUGACAAGAUGAUGCAAACGCGCCUAGAUAUGGAUCCUGACCGUAAGGAUCUGUUCGAGGGCCUGUUGAGGAAGAAAGAAGAAUGGGCAUGUAACACCCUCAAAGUCACCCUUCGACAGAUGGAAUUCACGCUAAUCUCCUACUUACAGAACCUGUCGUUUGAACAGCUAUCAGCCAAUGGUCUCAUUCUUGUCCUCGCAGGCUCUGAAACUACGGCUACAACUCUGGCCGGCACGACGUAUCUCUUGCUGAGAAACCCAAAGAUCUUGCAAAAGCUCAACGAGGAAGUCCGAUCGAGCUUUACCGAUUCUAGUGAGAUCACCAUCAACUCGGUGAGCAAGCUGUCAUACAUGCUCGCUAUUCUCAACGAAGCUUUGCGGAUGUAUCCUCCAGUGACAUCAAACCUCAUUCGAGAGGUGCCGCAGUUUGGGUGUCAGAUUGGCUCAGAGCAUGUGCCUCAAGGAACUUUUGUCGAAAUUCAACAGUGGUCCGCGAAUCAUAGCACAGAUAACUGGACUAAGCCCUGGGAAUUCAGACCAGAGCGCUUCCUGGAAACCAACAAAGAGGAACACAACCAUUUGGAUGCACUUCAGGCAUUCAGCGUUGGCCCGCGCAACUGCAUCGGAAAAAAGUAA